AAGUCAGAGAUCAAUCGACGACACCAAUCAGACGGCGGUGCUAUUUCCCGCCAAUUUUCUCAGGCUUCCUUAUCUUCGCCAUGGAAGCUCUCCACGAUACUCACGUGAAGCUUUUGGCCUUCGAUCUCUUAUCCCUCACGCCAUCCUCUUCCAAUCCCAACGCAGUCUAUCGCAAAGGCACCCUCCUCCUUUCUCGUGUCGAAACCCUAGGCGUCGUUACUAGCCGAGACCACAAGCCCGACAGAUUCCUUCGAUUCACCAUCGAUGAUGGCACCGGAUGCAUCCCCUGUGUCCUUUGGCUCAAUCAACUCACCUCUCCCUAUUUCUCCCGCCGUAGCCCACCAGAUGUUCGAUUAAUUGCUGAAGCGGCUCGUAAAUUUGCAACCCUAAUCCAAAUAGGGGUUUCUGCUCGAGUGCGAGGGAAGGUUACUUUUUACAGAGGUAAUCUCCAACUUACUGUUUCCAAUGUUUUUAUCGAAAGAGAUCCCAAUGCUGAGACUCUACAUUGGUUGCAAUGUGUUCGAUUAGCUCGAAAAUGCUAUGAUAUUGUACCUGAUCCGACACCUGUGUAUAAGAAAGCUAAAAAUUGAGUGAAUUUGAUUAUGAUGUUAUUGAAAUAAGCAAUUUUAUGUAUCCAAGUAGAAUUUAAACUGGUUGCACAGAAUUAUAGCUGUUGGGGAAAUAU